GCAAAGGCCGGAGCGCAGCAGUGGAUCGGUGGCAAACGCCCAGGCCACGGAGCUAGGGCUCCCGGGAGCUGCCCGGACCCCCAGCGAGGGUCAUGCUAUCGGGCGAGCGGAAAGAGGGCGGCAGCCCCCGCUUCGGCAAGCUCCAUCUCCCAGUGGGGCUGUGGAUCAACUCCCCACGGAAGCAGCUGGCCAAGCUGGGACGCCGCUGGCCCAGCGCGGCCUCUGUCAACCUCCACCCAAACGAGUCUCCAUCUGUCUCCCCAGGCACGGGCGCCCCUUCGUGGCGACCUCAGAAGAACCGUUCGCGGGCCGCGUCAGGCGGGGCGGCGCUGGCCAGUCCGGGCCCAAGUUCAGGAUCAGGCACCCCGGCUGGGCCCGGGGGCAAGGAGCGCUCGGAAAACUUGUCCCUGCGGCGCAGCGUGUCCGAGCUCAGUCUGCAAGGUCGCCGGCGGCGGCAGCAGGAGCGCAGGCAGCAGGCGCUUAGCAUGGCGCCAGGGGCAGCCGAAGCCCAAAUCGGACCCACGGACCCCGGCGACUUUGACCAGUUGACCCAGUGCCUCAUUCAGGCCCCCAGCAACCGCCCCUACUUCCUGCUGCUCCAGGGUUACCAGGACGCCCAGGCAAGCACGGACUCCCCUACUUGCCCAUCCAAUCCGGAGAUCCCUCGGCACCUCCUGUCUAUGAAGGGCAACAAAAUUACACAUUCCGCUCGGGAGCUGGAGCUGGGCCACCUGCCGCGCCUGCUGGGCCUCCUGGCCCGACUCAUCAAGGAGGCUGUCUGGGAAAAGAUUAAGGAAAUUGGAGACCGUCAGCCAGAGAACUACCCUGAAGGGGUCCCUGAGGUGCCCCUGACCCCCGAGGCUGUGUCUGUGGAGCUGAGGCCGCUCAUGUUGUGGAUGGCCAACACCACGGAGCUUCUGAGCUUUGUGCAGGAGAAGGUGCUGGAGAUGGAGAAGGAGGCCGAUCAGGAGGACCCACAGCUCUGCAAUGACUUGGAAUUAUGUGAUGAGGCCAUGGCCCUCCUGGAUGAGGUCAUCAUGUGUACCUUCCAGCAGUCUGUCUACUACCUCACCAAGACUCUGUAUUCCACGUUGCCUGCCCUCCUGGACAGUAACCCUUUCUCAGCUGGAGCAGAGUUGCCGGGACCUGGUGCUGAGCUCGGGGCCAUGCCUCCAGGGCUGCAACCUACCCUGGGCGUGUUCCAGGCAGCCCUGGAACUGACCAGCCAGUGCGAGUUGCACCCGGACCUUGUGUCUCAGACCUUUGGCUACUUGUUCUUCUUCUCUAAUGCAUCCCUUCUCAACUCGCUCAUGGAACGAGGUCAAGGUCGGCCUUUUUAUCAGUGGUCACGAGCUGUUCAGAUCAGAACCAACCUGGAUCUUGUCCUGGACUGGCUGCAGGGGGCUGGCCUUGGUGAUAUCGCCACUGAAUUUUUCAGGAAACUCUCCAUGGCUGUGAACUUGCUUUGUGUGCCCCGCACCUCUCUGCUCAAGGCUUCAUGGAGCAGUCUACGAACUGACCAUCCCACCUUGACCCCUGCUCAGCUCCAUCACCUGCUCAGUCACUACCAACUGGGUCCGGGGCGUGGGCCACCACCUUCCUGGGACCCACCCCCUGCAGAGCGAGAUGCUGUGGACACAGGGGACAUCUUCGAAAGCUUCUCCUCCCACCCGCCCCUCAUUCUGCCCCUGGGCAGCUCACGCCUGCGUCUCACGGGGCCAGUGACCGACGACGCCCUGCACCGAGAACUAUGCAGGCUCCGCCGACUUCUCUGGGACCUUGAGCAGCAGGAGCUGCCGGCCAAUCAUCGCCACGGACCUCCCGUGGCCACGCCUCCUUGACAACCAAUAACAAAUGAGCGCGGGAACCUUGAAACUUCGUCGGCUCUUAACUCACAGGAGCCCGUCUGAGCGCAGAGGUUUCUGGGAGUUGUAGUUCUCCCCCCCCCGGGUGGCAGUCUAGGCGUUUGAAUUGUGGAACAGCGGAGGAUGGGACAGUGGGGAAAUGGGCUUGAAAUGUGGGUGCCAAGAAGCAAUAAAGAUAUCUGUGGUAAUUG